AUGUCGACUACUAAAUCCAAAGAGAUCGGCCUGACUGCCGUAGCUUCCAACGGUGCUGCACCACCACGCUUAUCGCCCAUUAUUCAAAAGAUUUCGCCCAGCGGUAACUGUACCGCGGACGUAUCGUUCGAGGCAUACAAGCAGCCAAAGAACCGUUCCAAGCGGCGCAGCUUUUCGCCGAUGGUGCACCAGUAUCGGAUACCAUCGCCCGAACUGUCACCGAUCGAGCUGAGCCAAACGUUCCGGAUCUCGCCGCGCAGCAACACACCGAAAGCAACCGAGUGUCAGGAUGUGGCGGGCAAAACGUAUCUGUUGGCCAAACAGUUCCGAACACACAAGAAGCGUUCUCCGCAGGAGGAUGAAGCUUAUGCCGUGACACCAUUGGCCAAGCGUGAACUUGAACAUCGCAUCUGCGUAACCAACAUACUGAAGGAUAUGAAUCUAUCGAAGUACAUCCGCAUCUUUACCAGGGAGGAGAUCAACUUCGACGUGUUUCUAACGCUGUGCGAGAAGGAUCUCAACGAUAUUGGCAUCCACUGUAAGGAGGACAUUGAGAAGAUACUGGCCAAAAUUGCCGACUACAAUAUGGGCGUGGAGGGCUAAAA